GUUGAGGGCGCUUUCCAUGUGUUCACAUCACGCAUGUUUUUCCGGCGCCGGAUGUUUGGAGUCAACGUGCGUUUUGAAACUAAAGUUUAAAGUUUGAAAAAUACUUUUAAAUAAUAUGCUAAGUGGAUAGACUAGAUUUGUAAAAUGCCAGCAAAGAAAAGAACAAACGUGGAAGAUAUUAAUGAAGAUGUCGUCAAAACCAAGCAAACAAAACUUAAAACAGUGAGCCACCAGUCACACCGCAACCAGCCAGGUGUGGUGUUGACGGUAGGUCAGGGGGAUGUAGGCCAGCUGGGCCUAGGAGAAGAUAUCAGUGAAAGGAAGAAGCCAGGCCUUGUAGUAUUUCCAGCUGAAGCCCAGGGUAAAGUUAUACAAGUGGUUGCCGGUGGAAUGCACACAGUUUGUCUUACAGCAGACGGAAAGGUUUAUACAUUUGGUUGUAAUGAUGAUGGUGCUCUUGGACGUGACACAUCAGUGGAGGGGUCCGAGUUUGAGGUUCAAGCGGUGAAUAAUCUUAAUGAACGAAUCAUCCAAGUUAGUGCUGGUGAUUCACACACUGCAGCACUAACAGAAGAUGGACGAGUUUUUGCCUGGGGAGCAUUUAGGGAUGGAAUGGGUAUAAUUGGAUUAACAUUAAAAGGAGUAAUGAAAGAAGUGUACCAACUACCAAUUGACCACACCAUUGUCCAAAUAGCCUCUGGGAAUGACCACCUUUGCUUACUGUCUGACCAGGGUUUGCUAUUCAGUAUGGGAAGCGCAGAUCAGGGUCAGUUAGGAAGGGUUGCAGAAUGUUUCUCCUUGAGAGGUGGUCGAAAAGGAUUAGGUUUAGUCUUAAGUCCAACACAGAUCCAUUUUAAGCGUAUUCGAGGUUCUGGCGCUCCAACUUUUACCAAUGUAUGGUGCUCAUCAUACUGCACGUUCGCAAGUACCAGCGAAGGACACAUCUAUGGGUGGGGGUUAAAUAAUUACCACCAUCUUGGAAUGGAAGACACCCGGACAUGGUUUGUGCCUCAGAAAAUCAAAAGUUUCAGUAGUCUUCAAAUUAGUGAAAUUGUAGGUGGUCAGCAUCACUCAUUACUACUUGAUAAUAAAGGUAGAGUUUACUCCCUCGGUAGGAUUGACUACGGUCGACUAGGUCUUGGAGAAAAUGUUGAAGAAUCCCAUAAACCACAGAUUGUUGAAACAAUUAAAAAGAAGAAAGUAACAAGCAUAGACUGUGGUGCUAGUAUGAGUAUAGCAGCCACCAAAGAAGGUGAGGUGUACUCCUGGGGGAUGGGCAGUAGCCUUCAACUAGGAACUGGAGAGGAAGACGAUGAGCUUGUACCAGUACUUAUCAAAUCCAAACAGCUUGAGAACCGAAAAGCCAUCAUGGUCGCCGCAGGAGGGCAGCAUACGGUUAUACUUGCCACCGACAAAUGAUCAGAACACUGAAAAUGUAAGACAAAAAAUCUAUGCAAAAAGUACCAGACGUGCUCUCAAUUUCUUGACAUUAAUCGGUGCAUUAAUUAUUGUAAUGACCUGACCUGUUGUAUAUUACCUGUUAUAUUGUGACCAGUUUUAUCAGUAAAAUUCCAUCCCUUAUGACUCAAUAUAGAGUUUUAGUAGGAAUACUAAGAAUUUCUGCUAAAUUUCCCUUCUAAAUAAAAAUGAAGACAAAGUUAACAGCACUUUUUACUAGAACAACAUAGGUUUUCCAUGCAGUCCUGUGAUUUUGUUCACACAAUCAACAACUCCAUAGAAUUGUCACCUGAAGAACUUCACUGUGUAAAUGGAAGCUUAUGAUUGUUUUUAAUGCGCUCUCAAUUUUCUUAUAUUUAGUCUAUACCUUUGUCCACACUAAAAAUUUACAUGUGGCACAUUUUGUGUGAAUUUGCCCAUAUAUGGGUAUACUGAUGUCAUAUCACACCCAAGUUUUGGCAGAUAACAUAUGUUUGUCAAUAAAUAAAAUAAACAGCUGGCCACAUCUUUAUAAGUGGCUGAUGGUAAUAAAUAGGCCCAUAUGCCCAUGUAUGGACACAUCACACACAUUUGUAAUAUAAAAGUUGAUUAUGAGGACAGGGAGCCUAGCAACUUGUAUUGGAAAGUAAAUUACACAUGCAUGAGGCUACAAAUAAAUAUAAAGCUGAUGAUUAUAGACAUAAAAAGCAUGAGAUAAAGAUGAUGUUGAUUGGAAUGUAUAUAUCACAAUUUGUAAUGUACCUAUAUUUUUUACUCAUUUUUUGUAUUUUCAUUAGAAAUCUAAAAAUUAAAUUCAAGAUAAAUGUUACCUUCUAUAAUAAGUAAUAAUGUCAUUUUAUUAACAUUCAUGUUGUAAUUCAUUCAUUAUUUAUGAAUUUUUAUAAUGAGUUUUUCUGAUGGUAGUUGAUUAUUUGUGGCAAUUUAAUCUCAUUGUAAAAUUAUUAAAAUCAAAACAUCUAAUUUCCCAGAUAUUUAAACAUUUUAAGUUGAGUCAAACUCAAUUCAAACAAUUAACCCACCGCAACUGAUGAGUUCAUAUUUUUAUCAACCACUGAUUAUUCAAAUGUCAUUUAUUUUGUUGUUAUCUUGUUUGUCAUGUGUGGCCCUUAACAUCUAUUAAUAAUGAUGAUUAUGUUGUUUGUAAAUUAAAGCUUUUCAAUAAAUACUCCAGUGGAUGAAAACGA